GAAAUCGCAAUGUAAUUUUAAGACUCUUAUCUAAUUUUGAAUCUCCUGUAAUAUAAAACAGACUGAUAAAUUUAGAAUUUUAUUAUGGUUUGGCUGGGUGUUGGGAUGUUUGAUUGAUGACAGGUUCUUUCUUUAUUUUUGUACCCAUCUCUCUCACCCUUUUUCAGGGUCCUCCUGGACGAGCUGGCUUUCCGGGAGACAAAGGAUCAAUGGGCAUUCCUGGAAGAAUGGGCUUAAAGGGAAACACAGGGGAAAAGGGAGCUCCAGGGGAGCCAGGUCUAUCUAUCAUUGGCCCACGAGGACCUCCUGGUCAGCCGGGCACUAGAGGAUUUCCUGGCUUUCCGGGUCCCAUCGGCUUGGAUGGCAAACCUGGGCAAAAUGGUCAGAAAGGGGAUAUGGGCCCACCAGGUCUCAAAGGACUUCCUGGUGAACCAGGUCCAAAAGGGGAAAAGGGGGUGUGUGGUGAUUAUACACAUCGGAUGUUGCCCAUCACCGUGCGCAACAUGCCCUCAAUAAGCCCUCUAAUUCUAAAGCGCCUCAAGCAGGGUGAGCCUGGAGCACAGGGACCACCGGGCCCUCCUGGCCCCCCAGGGCCUCCUGGUAAUCCAGGACUGACUGGUGCUAAUGGGCCACCGGGAAAACCUGGAGAACCUGGAAAACCAGGAAAAGACCUGAGGAUGUUGACAGGAUUGAAGGGAGAACCAGGUGUACCAGGACAAAAGGGUGAUCAUGGUGAGACAGGAUUAACUGGACCUGAAGGCCCCAAGGGAUCCAAAGGGGAUCAAGGACAGAAGGGAGAGGGGGGGAAGAUGGGUCUUGCAGGAGAGAAAGGAGAGAAGGGUGAGCGAGGGAUGCCUGGAAUGCCUGGAAAACAAGGAUUGAAGGGAGAACUUGGUUUUCCAGGGGCUCCUGGACUAAAGGGUCAGGCAGGUGUUCCCGGUAUUCCUGGGAAGCGAGGCUAUAAGGGUGAAAAGGGGGAGCUGAGCUCUUCAGGAGUUGGUGUGAAAGGAGAACCAGGACUGCCUGGAUCCAAGGGACAAAAAGGUGAUCAAGGCAUUAAGGGUGAAACAGGACCUGAAGGCCAACCUGGACCAAGAGGUCCUCCAGGUGCAACAGGAGAACCAGGAAAAAUGUUAAUCAACAACAAUGAAAAUGAUAUUCGUAAUGUGCAUCUAAUGGGCCCACCUGGUCUACCUGGGCCUCCUGGGUUACCUGGUACCAAGGGUGAAGUUGGACUGCCUGGGCCUCCUGGUCUUGAUGGGGAAAAGGGUCCUCGGGGAAAAGCAGGAGAGCCUGGACCCAUUGGCCCACCCGGACCUGAAGGGCCACGAGGAGAGGGAGGAGUUAUGGGCUUCCCUGGACCUAAAGGGGAUAAAGGAGACAUGGGUCCCUCUGGGUCACCUGGUUUAGAUGGCCCUACUGGUGUAAAAGGGGCUGCAGGGCCUACUGGUCCUAUUGGAUUACCAGGAUCAAUGGGUCAGAAAGGUGAAGCUGGAGAAAAGGGGGAAAAUGGAGACCAGGUAAAUCUGAUGUAUGGCCCACCAGGACCUCCAGGACCUGCAGGGCCAGUGGGGCCAAUGGGAUCUCCAGGAUUGUCAGGGCCAAAGGGGGAGCCAGGUCUGGGUGUGAGAGGAGAUAAAGGAUCACCUGGACAGAAAGGAGAUAAAGGAGACAGGGGUCAUCUUGGAUUACCAGGGGCUCAUGGUUUAGACGGCAAGCCUGGUCCAGUGGGUCUUAUAGGACCACCUGGUAUACCUGGACCAGCAGGACCAAAAGGAGAGCGGGGUGAGAAAGGGGAAAUGGGAGUAGCAGGACCAACAGGGCCUCAAGGUAUCCCUGGCUUAGUAGGACCACCAGGAUUAAAAGGAAACCGGGGUUUCCGAGGCUUUAAAGGGGAGAAAGGUGAACCAGGCUUGCCAGGCCUAGAUGGUUUGGAUGCCCCGUGCCCCGUGGGUGAUGAUGGUCUACCUGUACCAGGAUGUUGGAAUAAAUGACAUUAAUUCCGGAUUAUUUUGAUUGAUUGUACAUAGAAUAUUUAUUUUUGUACUGUUUGCUUUGUUAUAUGUUGGGGGAAAAAAGUUAUAGAAAAUCCUAAAAAAAAAAAAUACUGGCAGGACUUUUGUAUAGAUUUAUUUUUAUUAUUGUUUAUUUUUUAUUACUGGCAAUCAUUUUUGAUGUAAUGGAUUUUAUACUGUGCCUAUGCAUUAUGUAAAACGUUUUGAUUAAGGAGGAAAUAUACUGAGGCAGCAUAUGCAUGAUAUUUGUGCAUUAUGUUAACUGAUAUGUGCCUAUUAACUUAUUGUAUAAUGGUGUUUUGAUGAGCUGUAAGAAACCAUGCUGUGCUAAUCAGUGGAGUUGGAUUUUUGAAGUGGCCUUUCGUGUGGAAACCCCACAUUUCUGAGAUUUAAAUGGACACCAAAUGUUGUAUAGCACUGACCACUGUUGUAAUCUGUAAUGUUUACUAAAAGGGAUAAUUUAAAACAAUGUGCUUAGGACAUAUAACCAAACUUUGAUGCGGCAAUGUGAUUUUUCAACAAGUCAGUUAGUAUCUUUCAGUACAUAUAUUAUUAGCAUAUAUGGUCAGUAAACGUUUUAAUCUUUUUGAGAGGGUGUUCUACAAAAAAAGUCAAAAGUUGACAAAUUAACAGAGCAGCUUUUUGAGAUUAUUUCUCUCUAUGCAGGGUGCCUUACAAUUAUUUUUGCUUUGACAGGCCAUACAUAUCAGUUACGGUUCAGUUCUUAUUUUAAGUAACUAUUUUUUUUGUAAGCCCGUGCCAUGUGUUAGAGUAGUACCAAAGCCAUGUUAUUCACCUGACUAAUACCUAUGAAGACUUUUUAGAAUUUUAACCAUGUGUAUAUUGCUGCUCAUUGACAAGCAAGCUGCUGCAUUUUGCUAUUAUGCUUCUCUGCCUUAUUGUACCUCAUCUGACAAGCUGAAAUCAGGAUGGAGGCAAAGCCAAACAAUAUACAACCUUUACACUUUAAUCAGCAUCCAGUCAUAUGAGGAGAGGCUCAAGCUAAUGUUUGUUCAUAUGUUUUGUUCUGUUGUCAUGUGUGUGUUAAAGGGGUGACUCAUUUGAUUAUUGUGUUUGAUUACUGCUGCUUACCAUGAAAAGCAUGUUUUAGAGAUUAACUAAAGCUUUAAUAACAAUCAGCUUCAGUAAACCAGUCAUCAGGCUGUAAUACCUCAGAUUGUGCUGCCAUGCUCCUAGCCAUAGGAGUGAAAGAAAUAUCGAGGAUAAUGUCUAAAAAAAAAAAUGCUCUUUAGAUGAACAUCAAAUGCAAAUAAAUCAUAGUUAAACCUUUAUCGCUUUAAGCCAGUCUUAUUUUCUGAAAACAAAAGUCUUGCUGAGAGUUACUGAAUUCAUUUUUGCUGUCUAGCUUUGACUAAAUGUGCAUAUUGAUUUUACCAGCAAGCAGAAAAAUGGUGCCUUGUGUCCUAUAACGUGUGAUUGUGUUGUUCUAACUUGCACCUGGUGAGUGAAAAGUGUGAUUUCAUCCUUUUAAGCAUUGUAUACUUAGGCAAGAAUAAUAUCUGCAAACAUCUGAAACAUCAGCACUGUCUUUGACUUGUCUUUAUUUUAUUGAAAGGGUCAGAAUCCUUUCCAGCUGGCUAAGAAGUAACAACAAAUUGAGACCCACCUCUUUGCGGUGAGGUUUUAUUCUAAGCUAUAUGAAGAAACUUGAAGAGGAGAUCUUUGAGUUCAGACCUGCCGUGGCUGUUUCAUGGAUGUUCAUGAGCGUUAAAGCACACGUAGCGUUCCCGGGAGGCUCCACAGGGUGGCUUAGGUGAGCGCCCUUCUCUUUGAUAGGACUACAUGAGCAAUUUUCAUCUUGACAUUUUUUUGCUGAGGGCUUCGCUGGAGAAACAGCCAUAAAGAAAACAGUGUAUCAUUGAUCCAAAUUCUAUACACAUUUCUUUCUUUUUAUCAUGUUCACUAUGUGAAAAAUGAGCAUUUUUGUUAUUGUUUCUUUUUCUUCUUUUUUUUCUUUGACACCAGUAACUGUGAUUUGAGAAUUCAGCGCAGCUCACUGAACAUGUCAUCUCGGUGGUCAUGUGUUUCCAGACUAACAAGCAAAAAAAAAAUCCUUUAAUGAUUCCUGAUUUUCUUCUUUCACUGCCUUUUGUCAGCCUGAGAGUGACAGGAAGUGUACAGAACCAUGCUGUAUGUGCCUUCACUCACAGCAGCUUCACUCACAGACAGCUCAAUUCAUACCACGUGUUUAAAAAUGUAUUUAUAUUUACAAGCUGCUUCGUAGUAAAGCAGACAGAGAUCCAGAUAUCACAACCCGGCAAGAAAGACUUGCAGCUGUUUAAGAUAUGUUUAUAAUUUGCUAUUCACAUUUAUAGAUGUUUUCAUGUAAUUGUCAUUUUGUUGCUAUUAGAAAGGUUUGUAGUUUGAUAUUCUUUCAUUGAAGAUGAUAGAUCAAACACCCACAGUUGCGUGAGAAAAAGCUUUUCUAAAUACAAAGUGUGCUUGUAUGCUAGGCAGCUAAACUUUAUUGAGUGAUUUUUGAACAAUAUCUGACCUGUCUAUGAAACACCUUUAUUUUUUAAAUCAAGAAACUGCUCUUUUGGCAAAAUGGUCACAUAAACAUGGUCACUUUUUAUUGAUUGCUCCAUCAUAGGUGUUAUAUAGGGUUUUUUUUUUUUUCUUUUUAAUGUACUUUAUUUAGGCCAAAGUCCCAUUUAGAGAAUCCCGUUUGUGUAGUAUGAAUGUUAUGAAACUGAAAGGCACAUGUAUGCCAUACACAUAGUAACACUAUUGCUCAGUACAUGAUAUCACACAAACGUUACCAAAAUGUUUUAUUUCUCACCAACAGUGUGACCUGGUUUCAUGUGUAGAAGCUUACAGUUGAUGAGAUGUUUUAUUAACGCUCCUGUUUAUGUGGAUAGCCUAAUGCACAGAAGCAUUCCUGAUGUCAUACUGUGUUGACUGCUGUUAUCAGCCUUCAUCCACAUUUAGAGCCUGUUAUCAACUAUACUUAUUUGUAUCUUCUAAAUUUUCAUCUGCUAAAUGUUCUGUUAAUAUUGGUAUGUGCUGUUUGCACCACAAAAGCAAAAUAAUCCUUUUCUUUCUUUUUUUCAAAUAAAAUUUGUGACCUGUUAUUUAGGAUAAUUGGUUUCAGAAUAAAUUUGAAGAUAAAAUACACUGACUCCAAUCAACAUCAUUAAGACUUUUAGGGCUGAUUGAGUUGUAAAUGUCCAAAUGCUGUGGUUCAUGAGGCGUGAUGAUUAUCUUUGGCAAAGUAAGCAUGUAAAUAGAACUAUAACUUAAUAAUAGUAUAAAAUACUCAAACGGUAUUAGUUUCACAAAUACCUACUUGUGACCUAACUUGCUUCAGAAAUAUUCCUACCAAGAGUGAACAAAUUCAUUUUUCAUUAUCAUUUGCGAAUAUUUAAUGAAAUAUUUAAUUAAAUGAAUAUUUAAUCUGUUUACCAUUUACUAUUUAACAAACUUAUAGUUGAAGCCAUCCAACUCCACUGAAGCAUAUGAAGUGUUUUAUUUUAUGCCCAUAUCAUACUGUGGCAUUUUGACUGUUGAUUUUGCACAUUCAAAGCAGUGUGUUGUAAUUUACUUUGUCUCAGACAGCAUUUGCAAUGUUUGUACUGUGUCAUUUAUCUUUUAAACAUUUCCCUAAUGACAUGACUUGUACUGUGUCUCUGUGGUAUCCUGAUCUUUGUACAGUGUACUCUUACUAUAAUGUGUACAAUAGAUUACUAAUUAGUAUAUUGUAGCUCUGAUGUAAACAUAUUCAAACUGGUAGUGUCUAGUCAAUUAUGUUUUCCUAGAUUUUUUUUAUAUGUACGCUAUGUAGGUAAAAUUUAUUAUUAUUUUUUUUAUUAUUAUUUUUAAGUCAAUGCCAUGUUAAAAUACAGUAAAAUUAAAUCCGGUUAAUGUCUGUAUUAAUUUUAGGUGUACUUCAAACCUUUUAGUCUAUAUUUAUUAUUGCACCAAAGUUAGAAAAAACAGCAUUGAAAACAGGCAAAGAUUCAGUGUAGUCAAUGUAUUCAGCAUCAAUUCUUCAUGUAUUCAGCAAUGACAUUUACAAAAUCAUUGAAAAAGUGCCAGUGAUAUUCUUUAUAAAAUAUGAUGUCUGAUGUUAUGUACAAAACAGUGUGUAAGGUAACACAGUGUUUAUAAUGGCCGUUUCAUUCUGUGUUUUCUAUAUUUGUAUAUAGUAUAAAGGAUUGCUUUUGUAUAUAUAAAAAAAAUCUGAUUUCCUAGCUGAUCUCAGCCUGCAUGACUGUAACUGUACGAGGAGUACAGUAGACUUUUUCUGUUACAACAGCUUUCAAGCUGCAGACUUGGAUGCCAGUAUUCUGAUUUCUGAUCUAUGGAUCUUACCUUUACCCUUGCUGUGUUAGUACAGCAGACUUCUGUGACUGGUUGUGUUCUAUAGUCAGUUUAUGACACUACAGAGUCAUUUGUUUGGUUGGUUUUACAGAAUGCAUGCAGCGUGCACACUGGGAAGUAGUUUAUUGAAAUUCUCAUUGCUUUCUUGGUUAGCCCAGUUCAAAUAACUCAAAAAAUGGAUACAAGGGCAUUUCUACAUAGUGAUACAAUUUUAAGGUUACAUGAUGACAAGAACAUUCACUUGCAUGAUUAAUAUUGUUUUUAUGCAUUACUUUGUAUUCAGCUACAAUCUCAGUAGUCUAGCAAAUAUAGAGCAAUCUGUUAUCUUUCUGGUUUCUUUUUCCUUUAUUAUUUUUUCUUGAAACAAAUGAGAUGUAAUGAUUUAUUACUGUUAUUACAACAGAUCCAUUGUAUGCCAUUUUAACACCUAAGACCUAAAUAUUUAUUUAUAUGAUUUUUUUUAAACAUGUAACUAACCUGUUUUUCAGAGCAAUCAUUUACCAUCUGUAGCACAAUAAUGACAAUGUCACUCAAUAAAAGGUUGAGGAAAAA